UUCAAAUAUCCAUGUUCAAUAUGAGAAUUUUAUGAAAUCCCCCCUCUGGACAAAUGUGUAGUUUUAUUUGAGCAAAGUGUUGUGAGAGAUCUGCAUGAAAGAGCUCACUAAUGUAUACAGCCAGGGCAUUGAGCUAUAAAUAGCACCUGUGAUGCAGACUGAAGAAAAUCAUGGUGGAAAAAAUUUCUGAAGGAUUCCAGAGUCAUUUGAAAGAAAACAGUCAAAGGAACAGAAAAAGUGAUUUUUGAAUCAGAUGUGCUAACAGCCUGAUAUCAAAACAGUUGAAGAAUUUGGCUGUGUCCCAUCAUGGGAGACCUUCCAUUUUCCUUGCCACUGCUGCCCCCUAGUCCCGCUUCUGAUUGGUCCGUUCCUCUGCUGUUGGAACCAGGAGAAAAUGAUGACACCCGCAUGUUUUCCAUGGAUGGUCUUGUCAACAGUGAAAGACAGCAAGAAUACACAACUGUAGAUGGCGCCAGUGUUAGGGAUAAUCCCAGUCAAGAGAUGGCAGUGCAGGGUAGCUCACAAGGACACUUCGCCAUAGGAAAUGGUAGUGGACUGCUAGAUGACAGCACCAAAGGCUGCAACAAACCAGUAGAUGGCACUUCUUCUCAAGGAGGGCAACAGAACAGUGGUUACCCUUUUCCAAGUUCACAACAAUGUGUCUCUAGUACUGCAAUGACUGGAGGGGAUAAAACUGAGCUUGAAGACCAGGAGAGCAAUGUAUUUCAUAAGAUGGAGAGCAUUCUCUCAGAACAGGACAGAUAUGAAGAAUCCACUAUGGCAGUACUGGCAGAGCUCCAGGCAUUGGCGGAGGACAGUGCAACAUUUCAACCUAUGCAGCAUAGUGCUGUUACCACACAAAAUAGAGAUCUGAAUAUACAGGAUCAACCCCCAAAACCAAGCCUUUCUACCUGUUGGGAUAGUGGUCAUAUUGGUGACCCUCCUGCUCAAGGGAAUGUUUCUGAACCCAGCGUCCCAUUAACACCUUGUGAGGAAGGGGAUAUUCAACCUUUAAGGAAGGAUGCACCCCAAGCAGAUGCCCAAAAUGAGAAUGCUAAUGUUUCAGAUACAUUGUUGAGCCCCAUAACAUCUGACAUUGGCGCAGAGGCAGACCCAGUACUUGUUAAGGCUGGAUCAUUUUCUGUGGAAAGUAACGAUAGUACAGCCAUGGAAACUGCUGCGGCAACAGGGGAUAAAAUUGGUGCUGAAACCAUGGAGACUGGGGAUAUAACAGGUGCUGAGACUGUGGAAACUGGUGUUCUUCCAGGUCCAGAAGCUAAGAAUGAAACAGAGAAAGUUCAUGUAGAACUUGAAAGUAAAACGAUGUGUGCAGGAUCCAUGGCAGUAGGUGAUGCACCAAAUGAACAGGAUAAGAUAAAACCUGAUAAAGCACACUUGGAAUCCACAGCUACAGACAGCAAAACAAAUACACCAACCUUAGAUAUGCAGAGAGAGACAAGUCCAGUGGUUAUGGAAAUUGAUGACAAGAACACCCCAGGUUCCAUAUUAAACAGUGAUGUAAGUUUAACAAGCUCUGCAAAAAUGACAAGUUCCCCUUCCCCUUCAUCUCCACGGAGGCUACUUACCCACAGUUCCGAGAGGAAAAGGUCAUCACCUAAUCCUAGUACUGCGGUGAGGUAUGAAAUACAUUGUGGAAAAAUAAUGUUCAAAAGGCGUGCAAAGGAUGGCGAGGCUUCAUCAACUCCGCAGUCAAAACAACAGCCUCGCAGAUCAAGAAGGAGAACGGUGGUAAAAAGUGAACCUGUUUCUCAUUCAAGAGGGAGGCAUGGAAGUUAUCGUAGCACCAGUCCAAGAGAUGAUGGAGUUGUAGAAACUGCAAUGAAAGGAAAGGAAUGUAAAAAAAGUCGAGAUGUCACUGAGGAUGGUAACUCAACAGUUUCCAACAUAAAAAUUUCAAGACUGUCUGGCUGCAAAGAUGCUUCUCUAGCAACUGACCUUGACCCUAAAGUUGACCUCGAACAUCCACCUGCUGUGGCAGAGUUGAGCCCCAGCAUGCCUGUGCUUGAACCUGAAGAUGUGGACCUUUUGAAUGUUAAUGAACAGCAAAAUGAGAAAGAAGCAACCAAAUCCUCUUCUGUACCCGCCAUAGAUGAGGUUUUCACGAAGGCAGGUAAUUCUCAGUCAGGAAAGAUGGAUGCAGGGGAAGGAGUGGCAGAUAAGGUGGAGGCACCUGUUGUCAAAAAUAUCCCUCAUAGCAACGUCCAGGAUAUAGGUGGCACUGGGACAAAAGGAACUGAAUGCACUGAAGGGCUUAAAAGUGCAAUGGAAGCUGACCAAGAAAAAACAGCAAGUUCGAUAACAAAGAAAAAAAUUGAUGCCCACAAGCCAAAGCAGGGUUACACCUUAGAUGUUGAGCCAGUUUUUGAAAAGAUAAAUUCUUGGUUGAGUAAUGCGGAUACAAAAAUUGUCAUGCUACCAGAGGCACAACAGAAUGUAACACCAAAUGUUUGCCAAACAGCUGAUGAAUUUCAGAAAGGAACAACAGCUUCUGGGACCACAAAACCAGCUGAAGUGGGUAGUUUGGUCGGGCUGAGUGCGAAGAGUGAUGUUGGAAAUGCUCAAAAUGUGAAGUCAUGUCUGAUGGAGUCUAAUGACCCUGCAAGCAUUAAAGUACAAUUUUCGGAAACAAUUGAGCAUGUAAAGGGGAAUUUAUCCACAUUGGCUGGGGAGGUUAUUGGCAGUAAGCAAAAAGAAGGCAGCCUUACUGUACAGACAUCUGGAACAAAGGAAAUGGUCCACAGUGCACCAUCUCAGAAGCAAAACGUCAGUAACCUUCAGCAACCAGUUUCUAAGGAGGAUGGACCUACAGUUUCACCACAAACUAUAUCGAAGAAAAGAGAAGAGGAAAAUGUAAAUGCUAGUACAGGCAAGACAACAAGAAUUGUGAAACAGCCUUCAAAAGUCUCAAGGUGUGAACAAGAAAAGUCUCAGAAAACAGGAAACACACAGACACGCAGAAGAGUUGACCCUAGAUAUGUGAGCCCUAGACCCACCACCAGACCUCGAUAUGUCACCAUUCCAGACCAAUUUGACCAAGUUUUGUCUUUGGACCUAGGUCAAAGCUCAACAUUUGACCUUGGCCAAGGAUUGUCAUUUGACCUUGGUGAAGGGUCAUCAUAUGACCUAGGUCAAGUGUCAUCAUUUGACCUUGGCGAAGGGUCAUCAUUUGACCUUGGCCAGGGAUCUCAGGAUGAAACUGAUGACAUUCUAGAACUGGAGAAUUCUAUUCAGGAGUGCAUUAGCGCUAUUAUGAAGGGUGGCGGAGGAGAAGAUAUUCUGAAGGAAACAACUGGCAAAAGGAGGCAGGCUGCACCUCUGCCUGUCCAGAAAACUAGGAGCCCAAGAAGAGCACCGCAACGAAGAAGGUCCAGAGCCAUGAUAAAGAGAACUCAUCCCCGUCCUGAGCAACACUCGCCACCUCCCAUUAAGAGGAGGGAUCUGGAAACUAGUCAGGAAAAGGAAGCCUUGGUUACACAAGAAAGUACAAAAUCCCAGAUUAAGGACAAUGUUGAUGCUGAUACUAAAACUGAAUCUGCACCAAACAUUGCCGAAGGUGAGGCUGUUAUAGAGUCAGAGCCUUUAGAGAAACAGACAAGUGAGUCCCAGUCAGAUGAAAUGUCUUCAAAGCAACAACAGACUUCACUCCUGCCUCAGCAAACUAAUUCCAGUGAGAAGAAAAAGUCCACACAAAGGAGGACUUCAGGGAGAAAAAGAAAAGUUACUUUCAACUUAAACCCUGAGACAGUUUCUGUAGAGGAUAGAGCUGAACAAACUCAAAGUUUAGCAGACACAGGUCCUCCUGUGCUAGAGAUGGAAGAACCUUUGCAUCCACUUGAAGAAAAUGAAGGUGUGGAAGUACCUGGUUGUCACCAUGCCGUGAUUGAUUCCAGCAGGUCUUCAGACAGUAAAAGUGAACCAACAUUAGGUCAGGCUGAAAAUAUUCCCCCUAAAGAUGAGGGCCAAAAUUUAGUAGAAAAUACAAAUUUAGAAGAAUCUGAUCAACUUUUGAAUCCAGUCAAGGCACCGUCUGUGCAAGAAAAACCAGGAACAACAGAACAAACGUUGAAGGCUAAUGACCAGGAAACAGCUAAGGAAAAUUCACAGCAAGAUGAAACAGAAAUAUCAUCUGACAAACCAGAAUUGACGCCUGAUGAACAGGGUUCAUCAAAAGAAGAUUUGGUGACAGUGGGGUCUCCAGAGUUUCAGUUUGAGCUGCAGGACUAUCAUUGUGUUAAGGGUCGCCUAGGCCGAAUGAUAUAUCGUUGCGACAUAUGUCAGGGAAUAUAUCGCCAUGCUUUUAGCCUGAAGAGACAUUACAUGCGCAUUCAUAUUAACCCUAAGUACCUUUCUGGACCAGAACAUGGAACAGAUGGUGAUGGCUCAAGAAUUAAAUGUGGAGAAGCACCCAAACUGGAAGGUGGAGAGAAAUAUAAAUAUGAAACUGAAAAGGUACCCAAAAAAGAAACUGGUGAAGAAUCUAAAUAUGAAAAAGAAAGUGAAAAAGCAUUGAAAAAAGAAAGUUAUGAAAAAUCCAAAUAUGAAAUGGGAAAGAAGGGUAAAGGUAGCAGUGGAGAAGUGAUGGAAAUUGACAACAAGGAAGUGCAUGAAAUUGAAAGUAGAGAGUUAGAUGAAAGCGAAAGGAAACAACAGCAAAAGGAGUUUGAAACACAGGAUGAAACAUCUGAAAAAACAGCCAGUCACGUUGAGCUGUUUGAAAGUGAAACUGAUCCUGUCGUAGUUAAUAUUGAUAAAGAAAGGACAGAUAACUUGAAAGAACUUAAAUCAAGCAAAGAACCAUACAAAAAUGAAGACAAAUCUGAAGGAACCAAAAACUUGUCAACAUGUGAAACUGGAAUAGAAGACUCCUCAAAUGAAAUAGAAAUAGUAGAACACCAUAACAUUGAUACCAUUAGGCAUCAAAAUAGAUGUGGAGAAAAUGAAAAUGAUACAGAGGGAUCCAGGAGUCCUUGUGGAAAGCCAGAAAACCCAAAGAAUUUUGACACAAAUGAAGAAGCAAUUGCACUUGAAAUGGAAACUUGUGAAAAUACAAACUCACAAAAGAUACAGACAUGGAAAACAAAUUUGGAGCAAAACCAAAUGGAGACAAAAAAGACACAUACCAAAGUAGUUGCUGAUGCUGCCACAGCCAAAGAUGAGCAAAUUGAUUUUGGUAAUGAAGCAGCUUUAACAACCAGGGAAACACAUCAUAACGACAACCCGCUCGAUGAUGGACAUAUUAAAGACAAUACAGAACCCACUUGCAUUAAGGCAGGGAGUGAUGAUACAGAACCCAGCAGUGUUCUCAGUGUGGAUAUACCAGUGAGUUCCACGCAAGGUAAUAAAGAUGAGCCACAAAAUAGAAGCAGACCUGUGGAAAUCCAGGUUGCAACUUUAGACAGGCGUAGUGAAGAUUUACCAGGGAAUGGAAAUGAUGGAGGUGAUGUGAGUGAAGCUGUCAGUGGUGACCAAUCUGUUGACAAAUCAGAACUAAUUGGAGAUAGGCCUAAGAGCACAAAGCAAGAACCUGAAACUAGUGCACAUCCCAUGAACCAUGAAGUCCUAACAGGUUUGGAAGAUGUUGACAAAGCUGCACCAAAUGAUGAUAAUGCACCACUUGGUAACACAGUUGCACCUGGUGAAAUGCAAGAUAUGGAGAGGUCAUUAACAAAUCCUGGCAAUACAAACCCUAGUGACGCACCAGAUGACCGCAAGGAAAAGUGUGAAAGCGAUGUGCAAGACAAUGGAAACGUGGUGUUCAAGAACAUAACAAGUACUGGGAUGGCCGUCACUGAUGUGGGUACUGAUCCAGUUAACCUUAAACAAGCUAACCCUUACAGUGAAUACCCAGAUGAAGAAACAGCUGAACCCACUGGUGAAACUUCCCAAACAUGCUCUGAUUUUCCAGAAUUGGCUUCACCAGAAGACAAAACUAACCCUGAGCAUUUUGAAGACUUGCAAGUUACACAGAAAAGUCAACCCACUGCCGAAAUGUUGCAAACACGUGGUGGCUGUCUAGAUGUAAACAUAACUAAACUGGCUGUUGGAUCAUGUCAGUUUAGUGCUGGACCGGGAGAUCAGGCUCCAGUGAAAUCUGCUGGUGAAAGGCCUGUACCACUAAAUAAAGACAAGGCUGAACUUGCCCCUGAAACGUCUCAACUAAGACCUGAAUCACCCAGAGAGAAAACAGAGAGGCCUGCUUUUCAAACAUCCCCAUCUUGUGCUGAUUCACUAUAUGUUGACACAAUUGAUUCAAAACAUGAAUGUUCUCAACCCAUUGAUAUUUCUAGUCAUGAGUUACCAGAUGAAAGCAAGAUGAAACUCUCGUUAACUAACACUGAUACAGAAAAACCUAGUGUGGAAGCUUUGGAUAAUGACUCUGUAGUUCUUUCUGCCAUUCACUUAGAUAAUGAAAUAGCAACAGCUUGUGAGGAACCAAAAAACAAUAAGAGUGUAAGUAAUCAUAGUGAAAUGGGAAUGUGUAUUGCAACACCCAGUGACUAUGACUUUGAAAAGGAAAAUGAUUCAAAUGCUCAUAGUGCUGAUGAUCAGGAUGUUGAUUUAUCUUUGACUGGUGGAGAUAAACAUUGUGAAGAACAAGACAGUGCAAAGGAUGUUGACAGUGACUAUGAAAAGGAUGGCAAACCAACAAGUGCUAGAGGUUUUACUCCAGGUGGUGACAAGUUAACCCACAGUGACAACACAUUCAAGCAUGACACAGCAGUUGUGGCAGUUGCCCCAAACAGAGGCAAAGCAGAGCUUGCUGCACAUUCACCAAGUUUAGAUAUACCAAUACCAGAUGAUGAUAUGGUUUUAGAUAAUGAAACUGCUAGUUGUGUGGCAAACACUGAAACUGGUGGAAUACAGAAAGGCUCUGUGAUCUCAAACGAGCACCUGUCUCAUGGUAACCGUGAAGGAGCAAAGGACGAGUCAUCAUCAGGCACCAGUGUGGUUCCCAGUACUGAAGAGCAAGGCGAUGAAAAGGCAAAGUCCUCUCUUGAUGCAGGUGCUACAACACCAACAGACACCAUUGUGGUCCACAGAAGGGAAGCGCACGAUGACAAGAAUGACACACCUUGCAGGGAUGAAAUAAGUAAUGCAUCAGCAAGUCUCAGUGUGCCCCUCAAAAGUCAAGAAAGAGAACAUGAUGAAAGGGCUGAAGUUUGUGAUGAUGGGUCAUUCUGUGAUCAAAGUAAUUCCGGGAGAGAUGACCUCGAUGGUAAAAACUCUGUUACUUGUUUGGAGGAUUCAGUUGAAAACAAAACAGGAUCUUGUGUCAGUGGAUCCUCUGAAAAAGAUGCACCAAGCAAAGUGGCAAAUCUUAAUCAAGAAGAGAUAAAACAUGAAAGAGUGAUACGUAUCGACAAGGAACUUGAGAAAAGACCAGAAUGUAAUGAAACUGAAGAACCGGCCCAGCAUGAUCAGGUGGCACCAUUAAGUGCUGAAGUCCCAGGUUGCAGAGAGAGAGAACCCGAUAUGAUUGAUGACUGCAAUGUGGACCUCACUGCUGAUUCUAAGGUUGAAGACAGAGUUGAUGGCAGAGGCAUUAGCACAGAGGACAGCGUAAUGGGUUUCAGAAGAAAACCUCACAAACCUGACAGUUCAGAAACCAGUGAGGUAUUAGCUCAUCGCGAUGAAGUCCCUGGUGGUGAUCUCACUUGUGAUGAAUAUACUGUGUCCCCUUCAAAAUUAGUGUGCAGUCAAAUAUCUAGUGGGCAAACCUUACUGAAGCCGACUGAUGGGGAUCUGACAGCCACAAUGCAGGCAGAAAAGAAAGCAGGCUACCUUGAACAGAAUGAAAAAGAGCAACCAAAGGAGCCAAGGGCCAGAGACCCUGCUAGCAGUAUUGGAAGAACAACAACACAGAUGGAUGACUCUAUCACAAUCAAGGAAACCAACUUUCCCGAGAACAACUUUCCAGAUGUUGUUGAGGGAGAUCUCAAGUCAACAGGCUUUGUUGAUAUUAGUUUGACAAAGUUAAUAAGUAAGGACACCCCUGAUAGUAGAAUGCAAGCACCAGUGGAUAAGAAGCCAAUAGCUUCCUCUUUCCAAAACUCUGAUGAUAAUAGUGAAAGGACCAAAAUGGCUAUCCUGAAUGUGCAAACUGGUAGUGAUUAUGAGAACAAAGAUGACAAGGCCAACUUGAUACCUUUAAAUGACUUAACAAGUGGGUCUGUGCCAAGCACUUUGAUUUCUUUAGACAGCAGUGAGUCCAGUUCAAGAGAACACACAUUAUUGGAUUUCAGCAGUCAGCAGCAUUCAACUAAAGAGACUUCUCUGGAAAAUGUAACAGCUGCUGCUUCAGUACCUUUAGCUACCAGCGGUGCUCAGUCUGCAACUCCUGAUGUCACUGUUGAACAUUUACCCGAUUCAUGGGAUGGUGAUCACCAGCCCCAAAACAUGACCAACUCUGAAAGUACCUUGGACCCAGUGUCAGUUGUUUCCUCUGGUAGUGCUGAUGAAUGUAACCCUGUUCACCAGACCCCACCCACUCUUGACUCACAGACUUUGAAUACAGAUGCCCAGAGCUCAGUAGACCCUUUGAAUGCCGUUUCCGCAGGGGAUACUGAGGAUGGAACACCGUCACAUAAUUUGACUAGUGAAAGUACACCUUUGGCAAACAGUAAUCUGCAAGCACCUGUCCUCGAUAUGCCUGGUUUGUUUAAGUGCAACCUUUGUACAGAGACAUUUAACAGUGCACAAGAGCUAAGAGAGCACCUGACCAACCACCCGGCCCUUCCAGGAAAGGAGACAUUCGCCUGCACCCAGUGCCAGAUGAAGUUUACCAGCAAGCCUAACCUCAUGAGGCAUCAGAUUGUACACACAGGAGCCAAGCCAUAUGAAUGUCAGAAAUGUGGACAAGACUUUCCAACUGUGACUCACAUGCGUAGACACGUGCAGAAAAUGCAUUGCGGCAACCAGCAAAACCAACAUCAGUGUGAUAAAUGUACUGAGUCGUUUGCUCGAAAAGUCCUGUUGAUGAAACAUAUUUCAAAAGAGCACAGCCAUGAUUGUGAGACCUUAACUAAAGGUGCAAAAGCAGAUGAAGUUGCUAUAGGCCCUGAUGAGUCGAUUGCCUGUCCUGAACAAGAGAGUGUUUGCACAGCUGAGGAAGAGAGAAUGUCCACUGAAGCUGAAUCUCCAGUGCCAGACACUGCAGGGGAAGAUGUGGGCCAAAUUACAGAAAUAACCAAUAAGGAAGAUGUUGUAAGCUGCAGUAGUAGAUAUGAGGAGAAGCAAGGCAGCGAAAAUGAUGAGGGCAGCACUUCCAGUGAUGGUUUGAAGACAGGCCACAAUGGCCAGCAACAUCUCACAGUGAAACACAAUCUUCGACAAACUCGACAAAGAGAGCAGAAAGACAGCUCUAGAGGUGAAACCACAUCCACUUUUUCAUAUCAGUGCAUUGUGUGUAAAAAGCGUUUCCCAACUUACAGCCAAAUGUGUCGCCAUCGCAGAAUGGCCCAUGAGCGACCAAAGGCCUUGAUCUCACGUGAGAAGGAGAAGAAAUCCAAACCGCCUCCUAAAGAUAAUGAUGACUCUGGUGAACAGGAUCUGAACUCCAGAAUUACUUUUUAUGCUCAUAUCAGUAGCAAUGUGGCUGAGAACCUAAGAUUUUAUUUAGAUGGCAAGGAUGAUGCUCUUUCCAAUUUCCACAAGCAUUUAAGGCAUUAUGAUAAAGUGCAUGGAUUUGGAAUUUUACCAGAGCCAAAGUCCGUAAAGCUGGACCUCAAGAAGUUCAAUUUUACUGAUGAGGAGAUUGAACUAAUUGAAAAAGAACAAGAAGAUAGGAGACUUGGUCAGCAGGAACAGCUACAAGGGAUGGACCAAAAUUCGGCCACAGGCAAAGUUAUAAUGAAUGAUGCAUUACAGGCAGAACAGCAUGGAGCAAAUUCAGAAGAAUGUGAAAAUGAUAAUUCACAAAGUGCAGAAGUAUGUCCUUCUGAAAAUGUCACAGUGUGUGCUAUAUCACAUCAUCUGGCACAUGCUAAUGAACAUAGUAUGUCUUUGAACAGGCAGGAGAAAGAGGGAGGCCCACCAAAUCCUUCAGUGAGUACAUCUGUGGGCAUGCAAGAGAAGGAGCAUGGUCCACCAAGUCCUACAAUGAGUUCGUCUUUGGGUAGGCAGGGGAAUGAGGAAGUUUCACCAAGUCUUACAAUGGAAGGAGGAUGUUGGGGUGAAAAGGCUGAUGAAGAGGCACACCAAAUUACUAAAGUAACUGAAAAAUGUAUAGAAAACCAGGGGGAAAGCAAUAUGGAGGUCACCAAUAUUCAAUGCGCUGUUUCGGAAGAAAAGGGAAGAAAUGAUGCAGUUCCUUCCUGGAAACAAGCUUCUUUAAAUGAAAAAAGUGAAGUGUCUCAAUUAAAAGGGAACUCUACUGAGGUUAACCAAAGUGAAUACCCAAAGCCUGAAUCAGAUUCAAAGUCCAUUCCUACCAAAGCUCUGAAAGCUUCUUUGGCACCUGAUCAAGAAGAAAAUAUUAAUACAAAAUCCACAGAGAUGUUGCCUGUAUUACCACCUAGUGCCGCAGAACAAAAUGAUUGCCAUUGUGAAGGUCAAAAUCAGGAUAAGGAUACUUCUAUAGAGAAAGAGCAGAGCAAAUCACAGGUCAGUGGUGAUACUGUAGGUGGGGAAAUACCCGUCAACAUAGCAGAGGACAAAAAGACAACUAUCCCAGCACUACCAAGUAGCAUCAAAUCAGAUCAGUCCUCUCAGAUAUUUAGAAAAGAAGACAACACGCAAUCAAAUUCCAACAAAGCUACAAGUGAAAGAGAAAAAAAAGUUUUUGGGCCACAGGUAGAAGGAGGACAGUCACAAGUGUUGGAGUCAGCUCAAUCAGAAGAAACAGAUGGACAAAACUCGACUGAAGGAAAAUACAAGAAGCUGCCACUUAUUCACAGAUGUCCAGUCUGCAAGAUAACCUUUGACAUUGCUGCCGACUAUAUCAACCACCUGAAAAAGAUCCAUGGCAUUGAGCUCCCAGAGGAUCUUCCAGAAGAAGACCCCAAAUUGACAACUGAGGUAGAUGGGUCGAAGCAAACACAGAGUAAGACAAAACUUGCAAGGAACAUGGAGAAAAUCCGUUCCCUUAGGUCAUUCAGGAGAGGACAAUCUCUGCAAAGCAUCCAACAGAAGAGUAUUACAGAGGGCGGUGGCAAGGGAGAUGUGGAUGAAUCUUCGAGGAAUACAAGGUUUGAUGAAGUCUCACAGUGGGACCAGGGAGUGGAGCAAUAUGGUCGCUACCCUGUCCAGAGACGGUAUAUUUGUUUGGUUUGCUGGCAGGAUUUCCCAGACUUUGACACAAUAUUUGAACAUGAAGUUGCCGAUCAUCCUAACAUAUACUGCCGCCACAUUAUGAUAGAGAAAGCUUUUGAGUGCCAUGUGUUCAAGCAUGUCCACAAGCAAACCAAACAAGUGGCAACAUCCUACAACAUGACAGCAGGGAGUGGUUUAGAGUCAAAAUGGACCCCCACUACCGAGAAGAGCCCCAUGUUGCAGAAACCUAGACCAGCAACCUGUACUAAAUGUGGAAAAGCAUUUGACAAAAUGGCUGAUCUCCAUGCUCAUAUCAUAGAUGAUUGUGCAAGUAGGGGCUCCUUAGGGAGUGCUCAUGUGGGGGCCUCAGAAGGGGUUGUCAAGACGAUAGAGGACAAGACAAAAAGAAGGGGAAUCAAACACCGGAAUAGUUAAUCUACAGGUAGUCUCAACGGAAGUA